AAAUUGUCAGUGAAUCAAAAUUAACAGAUAUUACGGAAAUACCGCUAGUUCGACACAGUUUAAAACAACCAAAAAUUGUCAGUGAAAACAGGGAAACAAAGGGAUAAAAGUUCGUACCGUGUGCGUGUGAUAAAAGUUCCCUCUCUGUGUGUGUGUGUGCGAGUGGGUCUGUGAGAGUGUAUGUGCGCGCAAAAAGAAUAGAGAAAGCAAAGCAUCCCGAAGGAGUGGCACACAAAGUGUUUGCAUAACUUAACUCGCGAUAACCACCCACCAAUAACUUGAUUAAAUGCCCCGAAAUCUCGACGAAGGCAAGGACUGAAGAAAUGGAUAUGCGGAAAGGACAUCCACGGUGGUGAAGUAAAGCAAUGAGUUUCAGGGCAUGCCCGAGUCCGCAAGUGACCCCAAAUAGUUUUCAGUGUGGCGUUCGUCAAUUGAGGCGUGGUCGCGCCAAUCCAUUUUGUCAUGGAUUCCGUCCAGACAGCCCAGUGUAUAGUGUGUUCCGUCGUCGUUUGCGUCCUGCUCAUCAUCGCGGGCUUCCUCAUUUUCAUCCUCAGUGUGUUUGCCUUUGCACCCCUCGUGGAUAAGAUGCAGCUCCGCCUUAUAGAGGACAUCAAUGUGACCACCACGGAGAGGGAUCCCAUUCUCGAUUACGACUAUGGCUGAGCCGGAGGCAACACUUUCCCUGGACUUGUUCAGUUUUUUAUUGAAGAUUUCUCAAGAUAUUCUGCCUAAGGAUUGACUUUGUACUCAUUUUAAAUAUACUAUUUUCCGUGUAGGUCAAUUAGUGGAUGAGUUAUAAAUACACGUGUGCAAGUGUCUCCU